GAAUCGUCUUCAUUUAUCACCUCAUUAUAUCCAAUGAAUUCCAAAUUACAUAUAUAAGGAAGUGUGAAUCACAUUAUAAGUGCAUUAAGAUUAAGCUCGUUAUCCAGUCAAGUCUUGGGAUGAAGUGGUCGACUUUAGUUGCCUGCUUGAUUGUGUGCCUCUUGGAUUUUAAGGUUUCCGAUGGGAUUUCCCCGGUUCCUUGUUCCCAAGCUGGCUCAGAUCUACAAGACAGCUUCGUAGAUGUGGAUCAGCCUCCAGUUUUACCCUCGCCAUUAGCCCCCCUGUUGUCCACUUUGUGUUCGUCGUCAACACUCAAAGCCCUACCACCUUCAGCGCUCGUGUCAAUUGUUAAUAUACUGUCAGCAACGCCCGAACUUUUCAAAACAUUGCCACCGCCUACGCUCGUAGCCUUGUUGAGCGCUGUCUCGUCGUCAUCUGAGGUGCUAAAUGAAUUGUCACCAAUCUCUCUUCUCGUCUUGCUCGCCGCCGUCUCUUCAACAACACCCACAUCAAUUUCUUCUGUACCACGCACUGUGCUGUUUCCGUUAUUGAAAACUUUGACUUCUUCCGGUCUGCUUCCGCCACCUGGUUCCGUACAGCCGAACACAGUUUUCACACAACUACCACCCUUGCCGCCACCUGCGCCACAAAUCAUAGUUCCCGGUCCACCUCGAGGUCCAUUGUAUAUAAAUCUACCAAAAAAAUUGCCUAGACCACCGCCGAUUAUCGUACCGACUGGACCUCCACCAUCUAUCAUCGUGUCUAUCCCUCAACCAUAUCCAGCACCGCCACCUUUAAUCAUGCCAUACGGUACCCCAGGUCCAAUAGUGAUUAAUGAAGGACAGAACACCUGUCCUCCGUCCACCCAAACAGUGUUAUCCGCCCCUGAAUCGCCAAAAAUAUUUUUUACCACACAUCCGUCAAAAUCAUGUUUCAACUCGAUCGAUGGUAAAAAAUCGCCACAAGACUAUUGUCAACCACAGUUUGAAAUUCCUAAAGUGUAUGCCUUACCACCCGGUGUUUUGCCAAACCAAUAUUUCCAAAUUGAUAAAAGAAGUGCUUAAACACUCAUUGUUUUCAAUAUUUAAAACCACUUGUAAAU